CAUCAACCGAGUGUGUGGUGGCGACUUUACUCACAGCUGGAGAAACAAUAACACAGAGCUUUGAUUGUAGUAUUGCAACUUAUUAAAUUGAAUCCUUAUUAAUUUUCCAGCAAACAUUAUACGCUUCUAAAUAUGGAAGAACUAUUGCAAAGAGUAACUGUUUUAGAGGAAAUAGUAUCCGAAAUUGCUAAGUGGAUUCAUUUCAUACCACAUAAACGUUCCAAGUAUUGCGAGGAAACUAGCAAAACCGAUGAUGAAACUACCCCUCAGCCAUUUAAUAUCUCCCAGAGUAAUGUGCAGGAUCAAGUUGAUAUAGAAGAAGGAAUUAAAAUCGAACCGGACGGUGGUCAUCUCGUCGAUUUGUUUCCAUCUGAUAACGAGCAAAGUUCAAUUGAAGAGGGAAGUCAAUGCAAUAAAAACCUGCAUGACCCACUCGACCUGUCUGGCCUUGACGAUGAGGAUUCCAUGCUGGAGCUCAGUGCUCCCCUUGAUGAAUCACUUGAACCAAACCACGGUCUCACAAUCAGUCAGAAUACCAAAAAUAAAGGCAAGUCAAGAAAUCCACUGCAAUGCCAUGAUAAUUAUGAUCACGAUACAGACGGGCGAGCCGAGCUGCCCACAACAGAUCUCGAAACACCUAAUAGACCCAAGCGGUAUAACAAAUUAACUAAACAGUCCGACGAAAUUAAUGAGAAUGGAGCAAGGAACUACGAGAGAAACCAUGUACUUGAUCACGGCCUUUCGACAGGAGAACUGAGUGACGACUCCUCAGAUAUUCAACGUGUUAAAUUGGACUCAAGCUCACCCACAGAAUCUUUACUCAGAGAAUUCAGAAGAUUUCGAGGCCAGUCCUUGAAAAAUCAAGACAUGUUGUUGGAAAAGAUGACAUAUCUUGAAAAGCUUGUAAAACAAUCAACAACCAUACCAAGUUCUUUCAGUACGCGAAAAAUUAAUUGGCCAGCGAAAACCUUGGAAGAAUUAGAGCACAUCGAAACAUUACUGGAAGAUCAAUCCUAUUACACUCAAGAAGUAGCCAAUCUGUCGAGGAAGGGUGGGUCGUCCUUGUCCAAGGAUGUAUACGACAUGCUUCAUUCCAUGAUUACGAACGAUCUCAGGAGCAAAAUUAGGUACACGGGAAAGAGUGACAAGAUCCCAUUUGCAAACCGAUUAACAGCCAAUCUACUUCGAGACUCUGUCAGAGCCACAAAUCCGGACCCUUCCAUGAAAGACUCGCAAAUCAAUCACCAUAUUGGCUGCUGGUUUCGUAUGAAAGUUGCUUCAAACUAAUGCGACUAUAUCUAACAUCAAGCGCUGAUAAGCAAAUCGUCUGCAACUCAAUGUCGUCCAAAGUGCAAUCCCAGGGUUAAAUAAGUAGUCUGACAAUAAUAUUUUCAAUGAAAUGUACAUAGUAGUAAUUAAACCAAUUAAAAUUUUACAAAGAUA